AUGGGCUGCGGACCUUCCCAGACUGCUGAGGACCAGAGACGCGUGCCCGCGCCCAGGAAGGGCUGGGAAGAGGGAUUUAAGGCUGAUGUCGGAGGGACUCAUUCCAGGGAGGACGGCAGGCCCCAGAAGGAAGCUGUGGUACCCGAGGACACUGGGAGCAGCCCCGACAGCCUGGAAAAACAGACUCCAUUGGGAAGCUUACCUGGAACCAUACCAGAAACCUCCCCAGCUCUUAGUGAAAAAAACAGAAGAAUAAAUUCAGAUCUAGUGAUGGAUGGAUUAAUCCGUAAACCCCAACCCCUAAAGACCCAAGAGCGACAGAAGUCAUCGGAUAUUCUGGAGGAAUUAAUUGUCCAAGGAAUAAUACAGAGCCACAGCAAAGUAUUUAAAAAUGGAGAAUCCUAUGAUGUCAUGGUGAACACGACACCGCUGAGAAAGCCUCCAGCCAGGCUGAAGAAGCUUAAGAUCAAACAGGAAGCAAAGGCUUUCACAAUGAAUGAGCUGGAGGAGAAGAUGCGGGCAGUGGAGAGGCGCAGGAAGACUAAAGAAGAAGACAUAAGAAAAAGGCUAAGGAGCGACCGACUUCUGUCCCCGGCCAGUCACCCGGGUGCCGCGGAACCGGGUGGGGCUGAGGUUCCCUUUGCCAAAGGACCCCACGAGGCGACUUCUGCCCCCUUGGAGCCAGCACACCUUCAGGGAGCAAAGCCCUUGAAGAGGAAGAACAGCGAUGCAGCCUCCUGUGGAAGGAGCUUCAGUUGUGAAAGCCUCGGGGUGGUGGAGUCAGACCGGUCCUACAACCAAGCAGAAGAUGCCUUUGAAUGA